UGCGUCACUUCCGUCCAGUCCGGAAUCCAAGAUGGCUGCUCUCCUGCUGAGACAUGUUGGCCGUCAUUGCCUCCGUGCCCAUCUCAGUCCUCAGCUUUGUAUCAGAAAUGCUGUUCCUUUGGGAACCACAGCCAAAGAAGAGAUGGAGCAGUUCUGGAGUAAGAACACAGGUUCAAACCGUCCUUUGUCUCCCCACAUCACUAUUUACAGUUGGUCUCUUCCCAUGGUGAUGUCUGUUUGCCACCGUGGUACUGGUAUUGCCUUGAGUGCAGGAGUCUCUCUUUUUGGCUUAUCUGCCCUGUUGGUCCCUGGGAACUUUGAGUCUCAUUUGGAACUCGUGAAGUCCCUGUGUCUGGGGCCAGCAGUGAUCUACACAGCUAAGUUUGCACUCGUCUCUCCUCUCAUGUAUCACACCUGGAAUGGGAUACGACACUUGAUGUGGGACCUAGGAAAAGGCCUGAAGAUUCCCCAGCUGUACCAGUCUGGAGUAGCUGUCUUCAUUCUCACUGUGUUGUCCUCUCUAGGGCUGGCAGCCAUGUGAAGAGCUGAGGUUACCAACAUCUUCCUACAAAUUAUUACGUCGACCUUUCUUCCUGUUUGUUACUCCUAUCUCCAGCCAGGGCGAAGUUCUCCUGAUUUGAUUAAACCCUUUUGUGCUUGCAAAUCCCCUUGGAGCUCACUAAUAGUAGAGAACUUAAUAAAACCAAAGUAAUGGAAAA